AUGGCGUCUGAAAAUCCGGCAGAAACUCCAGCUGGCGGGCCACUGGCAGCGCGAAUUUCCAAACCAGAAACAGGCGAUUCCCCCUCGACAGACAACCCGACCGCUGAAAAUGAUGCUGGCAAAGGCCCGUCCAUUCCCCAAGUAGACGGAGCCUCAGAGGACCAGCGUGGAUCGGAUUUGCAGGACUCCGAGUUCGAUGUUAACGUAAAACUGAGCGAUUUGCAAGCGGACCCGAACAACCCACUAUAUUCAAUCAAGUCGUUUGAGGAGCUUGGCCUUGCUGAGCCUAUCCAAAAGGGUCUUUCGAAGAUGGACUUCCGCCGCCCUUCUAAAAUUCAGGAGAGGGCUUUACCACUUCUCAUGGCCAAUCCGCCCAUGAACAUGAUAGCCCAGUCGCAAUCCGGUACCGGAAAAACCGCUGCGUUCGUUCUUAAUAUUCUUAGCCGCCUUGAUUUGAGUCCGGAUAGGCAAAAGACCCCACAAGCCCUUGUACUCGCCCCAAGCCGAGAAUUAGCACGACAGAUUGUAGGCGUUAUUCAAGCAAUGGGUACUUUCAUUGACGGACUCCAUGUGGCAACUGCCGUUCCGAUGGAAAUGAACCGCAACCAACCCGUGCAAGCAUCUAUAGUCGUUGGUACACCUGGGACUGUUCAAGACCUGAUCAAGAAGAGAUUGUUUAACACGCAACAUCUCGGGGUUUUGGUGCUGGAUGAGGCAGACAAUAUGUUGGACCAACAAGGCCUGGGUGAUCAAUGCAUUCGAGUUAAAGCUUUAUUGCCGAGGACGAUCCAGGUUGUCCUGUUUUCCGCCACUUUCCCCGAUCACGUCGUUCGCUAUGCUAACAAGUUUGCGCCCAAUUCAAAUCAACUUACGCUCAAACAUGAAGAGCUCACAGUUGAAGGAAUCAAGCAACUUUAUUUGGAUUGUGAAUCAGACGAACACAAAUAUGAAAUUUUGGUCAAAUUCUACGGACUUCUCACCAUUGGCUCUUCGAUUAUUUUCGUCAAGACGCGUGCUUCAGCUGCGGAAAUCGAGCGACGGAUGAUCGCAGAGGGUCAUACAGUGGUGUCUCUGACUGGUGGUAUCGAGGGGCAAAAGCGUGACGAAGUUAUUGACCGGUUCCGCAAUGGUACUGCAAAGGUCCUCAUCACAACCAAUGUUUUGGCUCGAGGAAUCGACGUGUCUACAGUUUCAAUGGUUAUUAACUACGACAUUCCGGAAUUGCACCUACCAGGAGCCGCGCGGCGCAUGGCUGACGCACAGACUUAUCUUCACCGUAUCGGUCGUACCGGCCGUUUUGGACGUGUUGGUGUUGCCGUCUCCUUUGUUUCCAAUAGAGACGAGUGGCAGAUGCUUCAGGAUAUCCAAAAGUACUUUAACACCAAUAUUGAGCGUGUUGAUGCCCGGGAUUGGGAUGAUGUGGAAAAGAAAGUCAAAAAGAUCAUCAAACCUUCUGCUGGGCGUUAG